UAGGGUGGUUGCUAAACCUUAUGAACAAUUUUUUUCCUGAAACUUGUAGCAUCGUUUUUCUUGGCGAAAGAAUGCAAGGAAGUGUACGGUUGAAAAACAUCCUAAUUUUAGAGGAUAGCGAAAGUCAUCGACGUCUUCAAGACAUUUUCUUCGAAACUGCCAUCAAAUAUGCAACAAGUAACAAACAUGUGAUUUUUGUAACGGAGAAGCCGAUCGAUAACGUUUCACCAAAAAUCCUACACAACUAUGAUAGCAUAUUCAAAAAAAUUAUAUUUAUUUAUUCUAGAUCCCCGGAGGCAAUCCUACUCAAGUUAAACGAAAUUCAAAGCUGGAACUUUACACCGAGCUUGGUGAUAAUCGAAUCUAUCCACAAGAUACUCGCAAAAACAGCUGGAAUAGACGACAUUCAGCAGCAGUAUCUGAACAGUGUCUUCUUUGCAACAAUUUUCGACACUGCGGCCUGUUUCAGUCGGAAGCUGAAUGAAAACACCCCCUGUAUACUGAGUGUUUCGAAAGACAUGCACAACAGUGGUCAACUACCGGUGGAGAUGUUCUUCCAAGCAGAAAGGGUUCUAUCAAAUCGAAAUGUUUUGUCUUGUACAGACGUUCUUGACGCCUUACGAGAAUGUUCGUAAUUCGAAGCAUUCAUCAAUAAAAAGAAAGCGUAGCUUCUAAAUCAACCUUAGUUUAUUAAGCUAGAUAUAAUGACGUCAUACCGUUUAUGGCCAGGAAGGCUUUUCUCCUUCCUUUAGAACUUUGCCAUACAGGGCACUCUUAUCGCGGAACAUGGUCAUCCGUUCGGUUUCUUUCCUGUCCAGGAACCAGCCAAAGCCGAAUCCUGCCAUUGGAAUCGCGAACAGGGCGUACUGGCGAGUUAUUCCGAAUACCAUUUUAAUAGAUUUUCUAUUGUAACUCCUGGUCCUGUUUCGGAAGGUUCUGUUGUAAGUUUCGACUCUUUUUCCACUGGCUAGUGUGGGAGUAAUCCGCAGCUAUACACCCAGCGGUUAGCGUGGGAAAGAUGAUAACAACUCUAUAGCGACGCCACAAGGCCGCCAAAGACAUGAAGCCUAAAAUGGUGAAAAAUAUAAUAUUAAAAUUCAUUAGUAAAAGGAAAAUUCGGGAAAAUAAGCAAGUUUAAAAAUUACUUCGAGGUGUUACGCAAAACUUUUGAGAAUAGCACGCGAACCAAACUACGCAGCUGAGGUGCCAGAUAGCCAGACUUUCCAGGAUUUGUACUGAUUUUUUAAAAACUCGAAUUGUCCUGAUUUUUGAAAACUUGUCUUUCAAAUGUCCUGAUUUUCUAACAAAACAUCUCAAUUAUAAAAAGAAUUUUUAGUCGAACUUGAACUUCGAAAAAAUCGAGCUCACAACUGUUGCAUAAAUUA